AUGGUGAAAGUAUUCCUCCCCAGCCUGAGGGGUCAACAGUGGAGCCCACAGCCGAUGCAAACUGGAAAUAACUCCCUCUGUUACAGGCCCCAAGCACCCACAGAGGAACCCAUCCAAAAUGGUGAGGCACAACCAGAAACAUCAGUUGCCAACACAACUGCAGAAAUCAAGGAGGAACAUGCUCAUGUGGAGGAUCCUGUUGCAGACACCUCUGCUGCGGCUGACGCAGAGGAGAAUAAAGACGCUGAAGUCCCUGCAGUCGAACUGAAAUCCCAAGAGGAAAAAUCAGCAGAGAGAGAGCCAGCAAAUGCAACACUUUUAGAGGACGCAGCAGCAGCAGCAGCAGCAUCUGUUCAACAUGCAGAGGGCGUGGCUGCAGAAGAAGCUGUUGAAGCUGUAGUUGAGGUCGUAGCUGAGUCAUCUGACACAAUUGAUGUGGUGAAUGCAACAUCAGGAGAAGAGGUUGGUCUUCAAGACAGUGUUAAACCUGCAGACUCAAGACCAGAGGCCCAUGCUGUCACCGAUGCAGCAGGAGAAGAGGUCGUUCUUGCAGACAGUGUACAAGCUGAAGCUGAUGUUGCUGUGGAGUCAUCACCUGAUACAAGUCAUGUUGUAAAUGCAACACCAGAAGAAGAGCCUGCUCUCCAAGACAGUGCUGAAACUGCAGCUGAUGUUGCUCUGGACUUGCCACCAGAGGUCCUUGAUGCAACUGGUGACGCAGGACAAGAAGCUGCUGUCCCAGACAGCGUUGAAGCUGAUGUUGCAGUGGCGUCAACACCUGUGACCCCAGUUGUGACUGGUGCCGAAACAGAAUUGCCCACUCAACCUGCUACUGAAGCUGCUGCAAAGGAGAGUUCUGCAGAACAGGCUGCUGGGGAAGCUGAUGAAGCUGUAGCUGAGGCUGCUAUAGUAGAGACCCCUGCUGUGACUCCUGCAGCAGGAGAAGAGGCUGCUCUCCAAGACAGAGUUGAACCUGUAGCUGACAUUGCUGCUACACAGGAGGGUGUUGUAGAACAGCCUGCUGGGGAAAAUGUUGAAGCUGUAGCUGAGGCUGCUUUGGAGUUAACACCUGUGAACCCUGCUGUGACUGCUGCAGCAGGAGAAGAGGCUGCUCUCCAAAACAUUGCUGAACCUGUAGUUUAUGUUGCUGUGGAGUCAACACCAGAGGCCCCUGCUGUGACUGCUGCAGGAGGAGAAGAAGCUGCUCUCCAAGUUAGUGUGGAACCAGUCCCUGACUUAUUGGCAGAAUCUGCAUCUGAAGCUGCCACGAAGGAGAGUUCUGCAGAACAGGCUGCUGCUGGGGAAACUGUUGAACUUGUAGCUGAGGCUGCUGUGGUGUCAGCACCUGAGACUCCUGCUGUGACUGCUGCAGAAAGCGUAGAACCGGUCCCCGACUUAGUGGCAGAUACUGUAUCUGAAUCACCUCCCCAGCCCGCUGCUGAAACUAUAGUCGAGACUGUAGAGUGUCAAGUUGCAGUCUCAGCAGCACCACUUUUAAACACCACUGUUGAGAGUGAAGUUCAGCCUGUUAACACUGUUGUUGAGCAAAAUGUUGAGCCAACACCUGAGGCAGCAGCAGACCCUGAAGUGGAGCUGAACAUUGAGGAUGCUCUUGAGCCUGUAGCAGCUUCAGAUGCAGAAGAAAAGUCCUCUGAUGGACUCAUUAAACUGACAGACGCAUUAGAUGUGGUGUCACCAGCAGCAGAAACAGAAACCGAAGAGACUAAGCCGAACCAAGACUCUAACACCUCUGAAAAGCCCAUGGAGAAGCCACAAUCCACUCCAACUCAGAUUGUGAUCAGGAAUACCAAUGUUUGUUCCAUCUGUGACAAUAUAAUUGAGGGAAAUGUCAAGAUCCACCUCAGUGAGCCUCCAGUGACCAUCCACCCCGACUGUCUGAAGUGUGGUGUCUGUGCUACGUUCCUGGGAGAUUUGCUGACCCCCAUGUUCUUACAUGUCCAAGUGAUCCAGUGUGGUGGCUGCUUUGCAAAAGUUACGGCGAUCUGA